CUGCCUGAGUGCUACUCCCGGACCCCUGCCCUCCACUCUCACCACCAUGGCGGGGGAGACCUUCCCCUUCACCUCCUCCACUCUGCGCUCCCUCCGCCUGCAACGAGAGUGGCUGGAGUGGGAGGACCGGCGGCGUGCUGCUGCCCAGCAGUGCCGCAGCCGCAGGUGCCCCUUGAGUCCCCGGGCCCGACUCACUAGGCCUCGUCGCUCCUGCCGAGACCCGGCUGUCCAUAAUGCCCUGUUCUCUGGCGACCUGCAGCAGGUGCAAGCCCUGUUCCAUGAUGAGGAAACUGCCAAUAUGAUCGUGGAGACUGUGAGCAACCAACUGGCCUGGUCCGCCGAACAGGGAUUCUGGGUGCUAACCCCCAAGACCAAGCAGACAGCCCCUCUCACCAUUGCUGCAGCCCGAGGCUACACCGACUGUGCCCGCCACCUGAUCCUGCAGGGAGCAGAACUGGAUGCCCGUAUUGGGGGCCGGGCGGCCUUGCACGAGGCCUGUGCCCAAGCACAGCUGGACUGCGUGAGACUCCUGCUGAACUUUGGGGCCAAGGCCAACAUCCUGUCUGAGGAGGGCACAAGCCCCUUGCACCUGUGCACAGUUCCUGAGUCCUUGCAGUGCGCCAAAUUGUUGCUGGAAGCAGGAGCCACGGUGAACCUGGCAGCGCAGGAGAGCGAGGUGACUCCCCUGCACGUGGCAGCAGCACGAGGCCUAGAGCAGCACGUGGCUCUUUACCUGGAACACGGCGCCAACGUGGGCCUGCGCACCAGCCAGGGCGAGACUGCACUGAAUGCUGCGUGUGCCAGCGCCGAGGGCCCGGGCAGCAGCAGGCAGCACGAGGCUGCCGCCCGUCGCCUCCUGGAGGCCGGCGCGGAUCCCCGGGCAGCCGGGCGCAAGCGCCAUACCCCGCUGCACAACGCGUGUGCCAAUGGCUGCGGGGUCCUGGCCGAGCUGCUACUGCGCCACGGGGCCUGUGCUGGAGCCCCCAACGGGGCAGGCCACACGCCCAUGGACUGCGCGCUGCAGGCGGUCCAGGAUGCGCCCAACUGGGAACCCGAGAUCCUCUUUGCGGCACUACUGGACUAUGGGGCCCAGGCUGUGCACCCGCAGAUGCUGAAACACUGUGCCAACUUCCCUCGGGCCCUGGAAGUCCUUCUUAAUGCUUAUCCUUGUGUCCCGUCCUGUGACUCCUGGAUGGAGGCUGUGCUCCCAGAGCUGUGGCAGGAGCACGAAGCCUUCUACAGCUCAGCCCUGAGCAUGGUGAACCAGCCCAGGCGGCUGCAGCACCUGGCACGCCUAGCUGUGCGUACUCAGCUUGGGAGCCGCUGCCGGCAGGGUGCCUCCCUGCUGCCGCUGCCUCCACUCCUCCGGGACUACCUGCUGCUGCGUGUGGAGGGACGCAUCCAGUGA